UGCAGUAAAACCUCUAAAAUAAAACAAGUUGAGUAGUGAAGAUCUAGAUUAAAGGGAUGGAACAAGUUCUGUUUGCCAGCUAUGGAUUUCUGCCUGGGAGACUUGGAAGGGAUUCUGGAAGAAAGUUGUAAUACAAUGCUGACUCAUCCUAAAUGGAUUGCAGGCCCACUGAGAGUUGAGGAACUGACCUAACAUCUGGAUCCAAGUAUCUGGGAGAGGAAUUCCCUAGCAUGGGGCUUUUGUUCCUUAUUUGUCUUUUCUUGGAGUUUGAUCUCCCCGGAGUUUUUUGUAGUACAUGGGAAUGCCCACGGAUCUCUUACAAAGCUAUGAGGAACUACACUGUGGAGUACAAGCUACCCAACUUCAUCACUGACAGCCCCAUCCAGAAUAUUGUCACCUAUGAGGAUCCAAGUGGUGCAAGUGCCAUCUUUGUGGCAGUACGGAAUAAGAUCUAUGUGUUGAGCCCAGAGCUGGCAACUCUGGAUGUCAUUGUGACUGGCCCCAUGGGCAGUGAUCAAUGUAAGAUCUGUGCUCUUUGCCCAGGGACAGCAGGUGCUCUGCAGCGUGAAGACACGGAUAAUAUAGUUUUGGUGCUGGACCCAUCUGAACCAUGGCUUUACAGCUGUGGGACUUCCCAACAUGGCCUGUGUUUCCAGCAUGAACUGGAAACCCAGGACAGCUUAGUUCUGGUUAAAGUCUCUCACUGCUUGUAUGGAAAACAGCAGAACAGCCCUUUGAAAUGCCCUGACUGUGUGGCCAGUCCCUUGGGGACUAGGGUUCUGGUUACUGAAGACUCCCAUGUUUCCUACUUCUACAUUGCCUCCACCAUCAACAGCAGCAUAGCUGAGAAAUACAAUCCCAAAUCAGUGUCUGUCCGUAGACCAAAGGGCACUUCAGAUGGGUUCUCCCCUGACUUCCACUCCCUAACUGUGAGGCCUGAAUACCAAGACACUUAUCCCAUUGACUAUGUAUAUGCAUUCAGGGACCAGGCCUUUGUCUAUUUCCUGACAGUUCAAAAGGAAAAUCCCACAUCCAAGGCAUACCACACGAGGAUAGUGCGGCUGAGAGCUGAUGAGCAUGACAUGCAGCACUACCGUGAGUUGAUACUGGAUUGCCGUUUUGAGUCUAAACGGAGGCGGAAGAGGAGCUCAGCAGAUCGGGUAUACAAACGUGAUGUGACUUUCAAUGUCCUGCAAGCUGCUUAUGCCACUCAGGCAGGUUCCAAACUGGCUCAUGAAAUUAGCAUCAAUGAUACAGACCUGGUUUUGUUUGGUACCUUUGCUGAAAGUGAAGCAGAGAAUGCGAUGCCACAGAAAUAUUCAGCAGUGUGCAUCUUCCCAGUACGCAUGAUCAACCAGGCCAUCAAGGAUGGGAUGAACAAAUGCUGUGGCUCUGACAAGCAUGAUAUCUUACGAGGCCUGACUUUUUACCAGGAAAAAGAGUACUGCCUGCACAGCGUGGACUCCAGCUGCUGGAACAAGCCCACCCAGAUUGCUGCAGCCCUCUACAAGGUAGACCUCUUCAAUGGGCACAUGGCUGGAGUCCUUCUGACAUCCAUCUUCGUGACUGCCAUUGGGGAUGUGACCGUGGCCCACCUGGGCACAUCAGAGGGGCGCAUCAUGCAGGUGGUGCUUCAGAGAUCCAGCUCCUACCCUGUCAUCUUGACCAACUUCUCCCUGGGGGCACCAUUGCCAGUUCUGCGUGAAGCUGGCUUGCUGGGGAACUCCCUUUUCUUCGUCACAGGCAACAAGGUGUCACGUGUGAACAUUACUGGCCCAGGCUGCCAGCACUUCCUGACUUGCCAGCGGUGCCUGCAGGCAGAACGGUUCAUGCGCUGCGGCUGGUGUGGAAGCUCAUGCACACGGCGGGAGGACUGCACAGCAGCUUGGAGCCAGGAGAGCUGCUUCCCUGUCCUCAAAGAUUUCCACCCCCGAAGUGCCCCAUUUCAGGGCAAGACCAAGGUGACACUUUGUGGAUUGGGCUUCCAGUCGCCUUCACUCUUCACCGCCUCUGUGGGCUCCCCCAUCACUGACAGCACCUAUCAGGUGACAGUGGGACACAGGAACUGCACUGUGCUGCCUGAGGAAAGCCUGAACAACAGGCCCCGCUUGUUGCCCCUCUGGCAGGACUUCACAGAUGUCUUGGUCUGCACACUGGAGCCAUCAGAGCCUCAACAGCAGGCAAUGUCUGUUGAGGUAACACUUACCAUCCUGGAGUCAAUGAGGAUGCGUCCCUUCUACGUCAGUGGCUCCUCGACCCUUGGGGGCUUUUUCUUUGUGGAGCCCAAUGUCAUUUCCAUCCACCCCACAUUUGGCCCGGUGGCUGGCGGCACCCAGAUCUCUAUCCAGGGCAGGAAUCUCACCGUGGGAAGCAGCCGGAGGGUGACAGUCAGUGGUGUGGAAUGCCCUGUGCUGGGGGAGGACAGCCAAGGAGAUGGGAUGAUCUUCUGCACCACCCCUGCCAGCAGGAACCUGGGUACAGCCUCUGUGGCCCUAUGGAUAGACGAGGCACCGUUCCCUGUCCUGCAGCCCUUCAUAUACCGCCCGGACCCCAUCAUCCACAGCAUCUCCCCAAACUGCAGCUAUGAGGGUUCCAACCUCACCAUCACUGGCACCCACCUGGAUUCUGUGUAUUACGCCAAGAUCCAGUUUGAUAGUAGCAGCAUGAAAACACAGGCCAGACUAUGCCAGGGAUCACACUCUGCCAAGACCCUGGUGUGCCAGAGCCCAACCUACGCCUUUGAGAACAAGGGGGAGAGUGUCCAGGGCAACCUGACCGUGCUGCUGGAUGGCACCCCUGGACACAGGGUCUUCCACCUCCGCUACUACCCUGCACCUAAGAUCUUCCCCUUCGAGCAUGAUGACAGGACAAACCGGCUGAAACCAGGCGAUGAUGAAAUUGAGAUACAUCAUACGGGGCUGGACAUGCUGGUAGAGUGCAUGAGCAUCACCAUGAUGGUGGCGGGCAAGGACUGCAACACUAACGUGCUGAAGAAUGAAGUGACCUGCAGGAUCCCCAAGGAUAUGAGUAUCCCCAAGGAUGGGGCUCCUGUGAAGAUCUGUGUAAAUGGAGCCUGCAUAGACCUGGGCUGGGUGGUGAAAACUCCUUCUGCGGAUCCUGGGACAGGCAUUGUGGUGGGUGCUGUAGUGGCCUUCCUGCUCUGCUGUGUCCUGGUGUUCCUGCUCCUGAAAUGCAAACAGAUGAAGAAAAGGGGGACAGAGAAUCUGGAGAUGCUUGUGACUGCCAACGGGUAUGCGCCCAGCAUCACCAUGCACCCCUCUGCCAGGGACUACCGGGAAUUGCAGGUGGUGCCCUCAACCACACCCCCCCACAGCAGUGCUGCCAGGGCACGGUUCCAUGGUGCCUCCCACACAGCUAUCAGUGAUGGUUUGGUUGUGCCACUCAUGAGGGUGCCAUCCUGUUGCAUUGAGAACCUCCGCCCAGAGCUGCUCGAGGAGGUAAAGGACAUUCUUAUCCCUGAGGAGCGACUGGUCACCCACCGGGAGCGUGUCAUUGGCAAAGGGCAUUUUGGGAGUGUAUAUCAUGGCACAUACACAGAUGCGUCUCAUCAGGAGAUACACUGCGCUGUGAAGUCCCUGAACCGCAUCACUGAUGUGGAGGAGGUGGAGGAGUUCCUCAAGGAGGGUAUUCUGAUGAAGAGCUUCCAUCACCCACAUGUCCUCUCACUCAUUGGCAUCUGCCUGCCCCAGGAGGGGCUACCCCUGGUCGUGCUACCAUACAUGAAGCAUGGAGACCUGCGGCACUUCAUCCGCUCUGAGGAACGGAACCCAACGGUGAAGGACCUGAUCAGCUUUGGGCUGCAGGUGGCUCAGGGGAUGGACUACUUGGCCCAGAAGAAGUUUGUCCACAGGGAUCUCGCUGCUAGGAACUGCAUGCUGGACCAGAUGUUUACAGUGAAGGUGGCAGACUUUGGUCUGGCUCGAGAUGUCUUUGACAAGGAGUACUACAGCAUACGGCAGCACCGCCAGGCCAAGCUGCCAGUGAAGUGGAUGGCCCUUGAGAGCCUGCAGUUCCAGAAGUUCACCAGCAAGUCAGAUGUGUGGUCCUUCGGGGUCCUCAUGUGGGAGCUGAUGACACGAGGAGCCUCACCAUACAGUGAAGUGGAUCCUUAUGAUAUAACCCACUAUUUGCUGCAAGGAAGGCGCCUGCCACAGCCAGAGUACUGCCCUGACUUGCUGUAUGAGGUGAUGCUGAGCUGCUGGUCCCCGAAUUCCAGUGAACGUCCAAGCUUCUCUGCCCUGAUUGUGGAGCUGGAGCAGAUCAUGGCUUCCCUGAAGGGGGAGCACUACAUCAACUUGACUGUCACCUACAUCAACCUGGAGCACAACCAGCCCUUCCCACCUGCGCAGGGCUCUGAGGAUGAGCUGGUCUCCAGCAGUGAUGGGGAUGAGGCUGAGUGCUAGCAGUAGGCUCUCUCCCUGCUUCACAACUCAGUGCUGGAGCCGGACCCCACUGAGUGCUGGUCCCCCGAAUGCAGACGGAGCAGUUCUUCCAUCCCAAAGCACACUUCUGCUGCAGUCCCAGGGGCUUGGCCAGACGGUGCUGAUUUCAACAUUAUUUUUCAAUGGAGAACAUUAGAGUCUGUGAUAAUAGGAUGAAAUGAUAUUUCCCUCUAUGGCACAAGCAUAGUAUUUUUCAAAUGUUCUCAUGCACUGUUACAGUCUAAGGGGACAGGGGCUAGUCCUGCAUAGAAAGGUUCCAGAAUUUUUUUUCCUUGGAGAGCUGUGAUUCAGGCUCCAGCCAGAGGGAUUUUCUUCCUGAAAAGCCAGUUUUCUUCAGAACAAAAUUCAGUUCUGAGCCAGCCCUAACUCUAGGAUUGUUCCUGUGGGACUGGCUUGUGGCAACAGCUCCAGAGAUGCUCCAGAACUCUUUCCUCAGUGGGGCCAUGGGCCAGCUCAGAAACAUCAGCAGCACUGAAUCCUUCCUUUCUGCACCCUCAUUGCCUGCCCUACAGACCCAGAACAGCUCAAGAGUCAAAAAGAUUGAGGUGGCCUCCUGCCAGGGGAGUGAAUGGGCUAGGUGUCCUGAGCAGGAGGAGGCUGGAAGUACCAGUACAGCCCUUGAGGUGACAGGGAGCCUUUUUGGCUUUGCAGAGGGCUUCAUGAAUGUCUUGGACUUAAUUAAAUAUGUACUUGGAUAUGGAAUAAAUGCAGGCCAGGCUGAUAGUUACCUCUGACAUGACUGCA